AAGAUGGCUGCGCCCUGUAGAAGGAUGGCCAGUCGGUCUCUCUUACAGGUUCUGUCUUGCUUUAGCAGGACAGCGGUCAGGAACGCGGGGUUUCGUCCGUUUUCCAGCACUUCUGUUUGUCGGGCGACUUUAACGACCCAAAGUGUGACGGAAAGAGCUCGUUCUCCGUGGACUUUGAUGGCAGCCGUGUGUCUGCAAAGGUUUCCGGUCAUUUCAGCGGACUGCACCCCGAUAGAGCAGCAGUUCAGACAGAUGAUGCGCCAGAUGGAGCUGGAGAAAAGCUUGCUGUCGGACCACGAGCUGCGGCUGCUGGAGGACGCUGAGAGGAUGAGUCGCAAGCAGGCGGACGACUACGACUCGGAUGAGGACGACGACCUCGGGGACCAGGAGAUCGUGUUGGCUCAGGACCUGGAAGACUCCUGGGAGCAGAAGCUGAAGAGCUUCCAGCCAACGCCAAGGGUCACAGCUGAUGCAGAUGAGGACUUGACCUCGUUGGAGCGCUGCCUGGCCGACUCGCUGUUCCUCCUGGCCGAGCAGCAGGUCGGCGAGGGGAAGCUGUGGCUGCUGCCUCAGACACGGUGGCAGGACGGAGAAACGCUGCGGCAGACGGCCGAGAGAGCCCUCGCUUCCCUGCCAGCAGCUGGUCUCAAGGCGACUUUCCUCGGCAACGCCCCCUGCGGAGUGUACAAGUACAAACUGCCCAAAGCCGCUCGGACGGAGAGCACAGUCGGAACAAAGGUGUUCUUCUUCAAAGCCGUCCUGUCGGACAGCGGGCCCCCCGCGGCCCCAAACCCUCCACUUCUGUGGGCGAAGAAAAGCGAGCUGCAGCGCUACCUGAAACCAGCGUACAUGAUGGCGGUCGACCGCUUCAUCCUCGGCCUGUGACACCCAAACACAGAGCGGGGACACCGGCUCACGGAACAAUAAUUUAUGAGGCGCAGAAAGUUACCCUUGCAGUUUCUGUCGUCUUGUAACAUAAAGUGUUCUUUCAUCCGAUAUGUGUUGUAUUAUAUAAAUAAAGUGUUUUGAUUCUAAGGUUGGCAAAACCCUCAGAUUUCACCUCUGCCUUACACGACCAAGUAAUAUCUAGGCUGUCAUGGAUACAACUUUUAAGAAAUUAUCUUAAAAAUGAGUCCUGAACUUUGACUUAUGAAUAAAAAAGAUCAGUAACAGUAGGCCUUUUUCAAUAGAAGCCCAAAGUUGCGUCAAGCAAAGUCAAAGUGUGAUUCUUAAAUAGUAAGUAAACUACCCUCAAGGCCCUCCCUCAAGCACCGAAACACCCAAUAGCGAGCCUCAGAAGAUGAGAAGCAGCGUCACGCACACCGUGUCGCGAUUAAGACUCCUCCAUUGUGUCGCAUACUUCAAUGUGCUGCAACAUACGAGAGGGAAGCUCACAUUCGAUAUUUCCCCUGCAGUUUUGUCAACUCGUGCUAUUUGAAAAUAUCGCUCGUAAAAGUCGUAAUGAGUCAAAAGAAGGAUAUAGUAAGAUUUAGCGUGAGAACCAUCUGUGGAGGUCCUAUAAGAAGUUUGUGUGUCAAUCACAUUUACGUUUGUUUCUGAUAACUUCAAACAUUUCCAUAAAAGUUUUUUUUUUUUUUUAAUUUCUGAUUUCUAGGUUUUGCUGAACUCGAUACAGAUAAUAAUUAUAUGACUGCCAUACUGGAGUAUAGCAGUUGUCUUAACGGAAGUGUUAUUUAUUUAUUCGUUUUUUACACCUGCAGCAGUUAAUGAGCACACCGAAAGCCGAAAUGUUGUUGCUGCCGUUUGGAGUGCAGGCUUACUCAUGAGCUAUGUCGGCCCGGCAGGCCUGCUGGAGGAGAUCUGUUGGGCUCCGGCAGAUUCCCGUUGUCCGACAGUAGAUGGCAGUGUUGGCACACCGGCGCUGGGAGGAGCUCUGUGAGGAGCCGUCUAAUUACGCCUGUGUGGCGGUGACCCCAGAGGGGGGCUGCAGAGAGAGCUUUUCUGAUCAACUUGGCUUCCUCUUACUCAUUCUGAAAAUAUCCAUCGUAGCAGGCAAAUGUUCCUCUGGAAUGGCUACGAUAAUUCGUCUUAGGUAAGAGCAUUCUGAUGUUCCCGACCCAGCCUCUCGGAUCAGCCUGUUCUUUCUAUUUGUGUCUGCCGGGACAAGGAGUUAUUAAUGUUGUAGACAUUGGCAUUAGAUUUUCCCAUCUUUAUUUUUCAGGGCUCGUUGAAAGCCCGCGGCCAGAGCCGCUUGCAAGAUUGGCAGAGUGCAACGCAGCCCUGCUCCGUCUGUGGAGAUGUGAAGGUCAGGGCGAGGUAAUAAAGGCCAUUUCUAACUGUUAAGACACUUUGAUCUGCACACAGAACCGGAGCUUCCUCUUCUGCCGGCUGACAGAGGCCGCCUCCGUCCGGGUUAUGGUCCCUGAUGUCAAAUCAAGGUGUAACCGCAGGUACAAAAAAUGAGCACAAACAGUCGCUGCUUUCAUCUCC